AUGUUGAGGCGAGCAUUUGCGCGCAGAAGCGAGGUCUUUGGCCCGAGAACGGCAAGCGCUCGCCGUCACCUCCACCUUGCACCCCCGUUCCUCCUAGAGGACUACACCCCCCGUUACAUGAGCUUGUCCUCCAUCGAUGAAUCCAAAAAGCGAUCAAAGGCCUACGCCCAUCUCUCCAAGUGCAAUCUCUGUCCGCGGCUGUGCGGUAUCAACCGUUUCGAGACGACUGGAAUGUGUCUGAUUGGCAAUGACACCAAGGUCAACGUGAUUGCUCCGCACUUUGGUGAAGAACCUUGCGUUCAGGGACACAAUGGCAGUGGCGCUGUAUUCUUCUCGGGCUGCAACUUGCGUUGCGUAUUCUGUCAAAAUCACGACAUCGCACACCAGCGCAACGGCCAAGAUUUAACGCCUGAAGAGCUGGGCGAAUGGUACAUCAAGCUACAGCAAGUCGGCCGCGUCCACAACAUCAAUCUCAUCACCCCGGAGCAUGUUGUUCCCCAGGUUGUCCUCAGCAUCCUGCACGCAAAGGGGCUAGGCCUACGCGUGCCAAUCAUCUACAACACUUCCAGCUUUGAUUCACUGGCUUCGUUGGAGCUCCUAGACGGCUUGGUGGACAUAUACCUACCUGAUUUCAAGGUAUGGGAGUCGGCGACAUCCAAGCGCUUGCUCAAGGCAGACAACUAUGCGUCCACAGCCCGCGAGAGCAUCAAGGCAAUGCAUAACCAGGUCGGCGACUUGUGCUUUACCGGAGACGGCAUUGCCAAGACAGGUCUCCUGGUACGUCAUCUUGUCAUGCCCGGGAAGGAACAAGAGGGACGCCGGAUAAUGCAGUUCUUGGCGGAGGAGGUUUCUAGAGACUGUUUCGUCAACAUCAUGGAGCAGUACCACCCAGAUGCGCAUGUAGGCAAGUCAAAGAGACGCACAAAAGCCAGCCUCGACACGCAGGACGACGAGGUCCGGUACAGCGAAAUCAACCGAGCCGUAUCGGACGACGAGGUCUCCUCGGUCCGAAAGGCUGCGGAAUCGGCUGGUCUCUGGAGGUUCUGCGAUCCUCCUCGGCACGACGGUUUCAACAUCUGA